AUGGAAUACAACAACAGCGCCCACCGCGCUCACCAACAACAACAUGUCGACACUGACAGGCUGGCUGCCGAGAUGACGGAGCAGUUUCGUCACGUCCUCAGCACAAAGCGCAUGAACGAACUCACAUCACGAUCAUCGCAGUCACGCUCCUCAUCGCCAGCACCCAGGGAUUUCGGAACCCCCCAGCCGCCGCCAUCGCAGUCUGCCCCGCCGGCGUACGCUUCCAUCAAGAACAUCCCGCUUGUCCCUGAGGCGCCCCGUGAUGCGCGAUCGCUCCGCUUCAAGAACAUGCUGCAUUCGCUCUCCAACAUGCCCGUACGAUGGGAGAACCCCGGACUACUCGACGAGGCCCUUCGCGUCAUCCCGCUCGAGCAGAUCUACAACGAGGCCGAAGAGGAGAGCCAAAUACUGCAGGCCGAGGGCGAGAGCAUGGGAAAGAAGGCUGCCUGGGGCUACCAAGACUGCGUCGUCCGCGCACUCCUCCGAUGGUUCAAGCGAUCCUUCUUCUCUUGGGUCAACAACCCGCCGUGCUCGCGAUGCUACUCACCAACCGUUGCCGUUGGCAUCACACCACCACUCCCUGACGAACAAGCCCGCGGUGCCAACCAGGUCGAGGCUUACCAAUGCUCGCACGAGGGUUGCAAGAACUACGAGCGCUUCCCACGAUACAACGACGCAUUCGUCCUUUUGCAAACCCGCAAAGGUCGAUGCGGCGAGUGGGCCAAUUGCUUCAGCAUGCUCUGCCGCGCUGUCGGGUCAAGAGUACGCUGGGUGUGGAACGCAGAGGACCACGUCUGGACUGAAGUCUACUCUGUGCACCGCAAGCGAUGGGUCCACGUCGACGCCUGUGAAGAGGCAUGGGACAAGCCUCGGUUAUACACUGAUGGCUGGGGCAAGAAGCUCUCAUACUGCAUCGCCUUCUCGGCUGACGGCGCCAUGGACGUCACUCGCCGAUACGUCCGCGAUGCUAAGCACGCUGCCGAGCGCAACCGCGCACCGGAGGCAGUUCUUCUCCACAUUAUGGACGAGAUCCGAGCAACACGACGCGCCAACAUGUCCAAGCAGGACAAGUUCCGCCUGCAAGGUGAGGACAUCCGCGAAGCCAAAGAGCUCCGUGCUAGCGUCAUUUCAUCAAUUGCACACGCCGUCAGCAAACUCAGGCCCGAGGACAUCAUCAAUGCCCAGGUCACUCGCCGCCUAGAUCCAGAUGCCCAAAAGGCAUUGGAGGGUCGUAUGAGCGGCAACGCUCAAUGGAUACGAGCACGCGGCGAGGGUGGACAGCAACAGAACCAGCAAGACCCCCGAAACCAGCAUCCGCGCUGA